AUGUAUGGAAUUCAGCCUAGACUUAUGCGAGUUUGGUCUGGCACAGCAGCACGCAGGCCGAGUGUAUACAUAGGAUGGAGGACAUUCCACAGCACACAAACGAAGCAGAUCUUCAAGUCUACGACAGAUGAACCCCUCAGACAACGUCGAACUGUGCUAACGACAGUCAUAGCUGGCGCAGGCGUACUCUCCUUACUACUUCUUCCGCACGGAGUCACACACGCAGAAGCACCCGCAGGGGAAAGCCCUGUUAAGCACGACAAGUACAUCAACGGAGACCACCCUCAUGGUCAUGACAAACGACUUGUACCGCAUCAAGCUCCAAUAAACAUCAAGCAUGCUGUUCAUAACACCAAGGGACACUUAGCUGACGUCUACGCCCACCUUGAGCACGAAUCAUUGGACAUUACCAGAUUGCCCGUCGAAGAAGCAAUUCUGACCGCCGCUCCCAAUGUCCCUCCUCGGAUCACACGCGACCAUCCUGUGGUUCUAAGAGUCGAUCUCAGCACGACAGUCAAGAAGAGUCAACUGACAGGGGCCUACAAAUACGAACAAUGGACAUUCAAUGAUCAAGUUCCGGGUCCAUUCAUACGUGCAAGAGUGGGCGACGUGGUAGAGUUGACGCUCACCAAUAAGGACGAAAAUGGCAUGCCACACAAUAUCGACAGCCACGCAUUUCUGGGCCCCGGGGGUGGGUCGGCAGUGACCACGACCGAACUCAAUCAGUCCAAAACGGCGAGGUUCAAGUUGCUAUGUCCGGGGCUGUUUGUGUACCAUUGCGCAGCAGGGCCAGUACCAGUGCACAUCGCCAAUGGAAUGUUCGGGUUGAUGUACGUCCAGCCGGCCGAGGGUGACCUCCCGACCGUAGACAAGGAAUACUAUGUCAUGCAAAGCGAAUGGUACCAUGAACCGCCGGAGGUGGACGACGACGGGAGAAAGUCAUCCGAGGUCGAGUUCUCGUACCCCAACGCCUUGCGAGAAGAACCCGAGGCCGUGUUUUUCAACGGCAAGGAGUCUGCGCUAACACGCGACAAGCCACUCAAGGCCAGCGUGAAUGAUACGGUCCGAAUCUUCUUUGGCAACGCCGGUCCAAACUUGACGAGCUCCUUCCACGUCAUCGGUGGCAACUUUCGACGAGCAUACCGCGACGGCGACGUGUUGAGCCCUCCCGCGCAGUUCACGUCCACGCUCAGUGUUCCACCGGGCGGCGCUACCAUAGUUGACAUGCAUAUGCUCGUCCCGGGUACCAUGACAUUGGUGGACCAUGCUAUUUUCAGGCUGGAUAAAGGCGCUGUGGGAUAUUUGAAUGUCUCCGGCAAGCCGAGGCCAGACAUCUACCAGAGCGUGCAACCUCCGGCUCCAUGUCCUGGCUGCAAGCUACACCCAUAG